UAAAAAGAAUAUUAAUGAGUAAAUUUUUUUGUGAAUCGAAUUCUGAAGACGAUGAUGAUGCUCCAAGAGGAGGAAUAGAACCCGAAACAGGAAAAAUAGAAUAAUCGACAAGAGAUAGAAUUAUUUAAGGUUUAAUAGAUUCAGAUGAUGAUGGAGAAUAAAGAGUAAUAGUAACAGAGAAGGAGAAACGAUAUAUAAAACUUAGAGAGAUCAUAAAGGAAAUGAAAAUAAAAAUAAAAAACUAAGAUUUUGUUAUAUUAUUAGAUAAAUUUGAAGAGCUAAAUAAGGAAGUAGAAAAGAGUGCAAAAGUAUUUGAAAAAGAAGGUGGAUUACCUAGAUUUUAUAUAAGAAUUAUGUGUCAAAUUGAAGUGUUAAUUCUUUAAUUUACUGCUGAAUAAAAAAAGAAAUUAGGAGUGAAUAAUAGUAAGGCAUAUAAUACUUUAAAAUAAAGAAUUAAAAAGCAUAAUUUAAGUAUUUAUUAUUUAUAUAUAUUAUUUAGCAAUUAAAGAGAAGAUUGAUGAAUUUAUCAAUAAUCCGGUAACAACAGAUUAAAGUGAGGAUGAGAGAAAGAAAAAAGUGAAAGAUUCAAACAAUAAAAAAGGAUCUGAUUCUGAACCUGAAUAAAAAGAAGAAUCAUCUGAAUCAGAAGAUGAUGAUAAAUAUUUACUUUAAUCUAAUGAUCCUAUGGUUAGAAGAAGAUAUUGGUUAAAAAAGAAAUUACCAGGUAAAAAAGAAUUGAAACCUGAUGAAACUUAACCAGAUAAAGAUAAAGUUGGUGCUAGAAAAAUCAUUCCAGAUAUAGAUUAUGAUGUCAAAUUUGAUAUUGCAUAAAAUAAAGUCAUUCCUAUUGAUUAUGAACCUGAAGCUGUUAAGAGAAAAUUAGAAUAAAUUGUUUCAUCAAGAGGAGUUCUAAAAAAUUAAGUUGAGAAUCUUUAUAUUUGUGAAAAAUACAUUUAACAUUUUGUCAAAGAGAAUCUCUAAAGAGCUAUAGAAGUAAAUUUAUAUUUAAUUUUUAUAGAUUUUACUUAUUACAAUUUCUUUAUAGAUUGAUCAAGCAAAAUAAGAAGCUCCCUUUUAUUUUAAUAGAUAAUCAUGGUUGUAAAUCUAUUAAAAUACUUUCUUACUAUAUACACUUCAUUAAGAUAAAGGAGUGAAAGUAGAGAAAUUAAAUACUUAUAGUAAAUAUGAUUAAGAAAAUUCAUUCUCUGAAUUUAGAUUUAUUAGUACCUUAUUAGUCAAUUUCUAAACUUUGGAAGUUGAAUUAAAUAAAGCAUUUUAAAAUGUUGACUAUUAUACAUAGGAAUAUGCUGAAAGACUCAGUGAUCUUUAUUAAUUAACACAUUUAUCCUAAAAACUCUUAGAAUUACUUAAACUUAAAAAUGAUACUGCUAAUAUUGCUUUAAUGAGUUUUAAAUAAUUAGAAGCAAUAUAUUAUAUUGGACCAGCUGUGAUUCAAAAGUUGUUAGAAUUAUAAACUAAUAAAUAAGCUGCAACUCCCCUCUAAAUCUUUGGAAAUGGUGACAUAUCAUCCAAAAUCUAAUCUCUUGUUGAAAAUAUUCUUAAAUAUGGAGAUAAAGAAACCAUUGUUAAAGCUACUCUAUAUUGGGUAUAUAAUUUAGCAUUAAAUGGAAAAUAUGAAUAAGCACAUGAAAUAUUUAUAUCCAAUAUUUCAUAUGAUUAAAUCUCAUAAAUGAAAACCUUAAUUUAAUUAUAUUAUAAUAGAGCUUUAGUCUAAUUGGGAUUUGGUGCUUUUAGAUAAGGAUUAAUAAAUGAAACUCAUCUUCAUUUAGCUGAUUUGUUAAGUAGAGAUAAAGUAUUAAAAGAUUUACUCUCAUAAAAUUAUAUGAAAUAAGUUGAAGGAGAAUACAGAUAUGCUGUACCUUAUCAUAUGUCAAUUAAUGUUGAAACUAUUGAAUUUGUCUAUUUAUUGGCUGCUAUGUUAUUGGAAAUUCCUAAUAUCAAUCAAGAUCCAUUUGAAGAUUCUCAUAAAAUUAUUAGUAGAAAAUUCAGGUAACUUUGUCAAUAUUAUGAUUCUUAAACUUUCAAUCCAUAACCUGAAAAUAUGAGAGAUUUAAUUUAUGCUGCAUCCAAAGAAUUAGCCAAAGGAAAUUGGACAAAAUGUUGGGAUCUUCUAAAAUAAAUCUAACUUUGGACAAGAAUACCAUCUUAUGAAUAAGUCUAAUAAUAAAUUAAAGAAAGAGUUUAAGAAUAAGCUUUAAAGUGCUACUUAUUCACUUUUAAGAAUGCAUUUUCAAACAUUUCUAUUGAAUAUCUUAAGGAAAGAUUCUAAUUGUCAGAAUAAGUCACAAAAACUAUCAUCUAUAAAGUAAAUUAUUAUAAUAAAUAUUAUAGAUGAUUUAUUAUGGAGAAAUUAAGGCUAUUAUUGAUAAUCAAGAUUAAUCAUUCUUGAUAUUUGUAAAUGACGAUAUUUCUAAUUAGACUAAAAGAUUGGCCAGUGUUCUCAUUGAAAAAUUAAAUUUAUAAUGUAAAAACAAUGAAAAAUUAAUGGUAAAAUAAUAAAUUAUAAUAAUUUUUAGGAUUCUAAAAUUGGAAGCUUUGGUAUUGCAGUAGACAAAGAAAGUGUUGAUUAAGUAAAUAAACAAAAGAAAAAAAAUGUAACUAAAAACAAAAAACCACCAAAUGCCACAACAAAAAGAAAAUGAAAAUAAUAUUACAUUACAUUAAAUAAAUAAAAUAAAG